AUGGAGAAACAUGAAGUGCGACGAUGGAACGAAGAAGACAAAAGAGGAACAAUUGUUGCAGGUGGAAAUGGAAAAGGAAAUGAUCUUAAUCAAUUCAAUUCUCCUCGUUUUAUCUUUGUCGAUGAAGAUGAAUCUCUUUAUGUAUCAGAUUGUUGGAAUCAUCGUGUAAUGAAAUGGAGAAAAAAUGCAAAGGAAGGAAUUAUUGUUGCUGGUGGAAAUGGUCAAGGAAAUAGUCUCAAACAAUUGUCUAAUCCUGCAGGAGUGAUUGUUGAUCAUUUGGGUCACAUCUAUGCCGCAGAUUAUAAUAAUCAUCAAGUAAUGCGUUGGUGUGAAGGAGAUACAGAAGGUGAAAUUGUUGUUGGUGGAAAUGGUGAAGGAAAAGAAUUAAAUCAAUUGGAUUAUCCCAGUGGUUUAUCAUUUGAUUCAGAAGAGAAUCUUUAUGUUGCUGAUCGAGAGAAUAAUCGAAUAUUAAAAUAUGAAAAAAUUAUUAAUUAA